UAAAAAUGAACUUUCUUCUUCUUCUUCUUCUUCUACUAGUCUUCCACUUACAGUAGCAGUAGCACUCUCACUAUCUCCAAAACCCUUUCCUUUCUCUCCCCAAUUCCAAUUCCCAAACUUUCUCCCACUUCCCUCUUCCCUUCAACUCAUCUCUCCAAACGCACGCUUUCACAUUUCCCGUUUCUCAAACACCAAACACCACCACCACCACCAACAACAACAACAAGGAAAACCGAACGAUGACGACGAGGAAUUCGAAUUCCAACACUCCGACGCCGACGAUGUUACCGGAAUCGACGUCUCCGCGCUCGAGGAAGAAGCCAGACACGCUGCUCAUCUCGCCAAUUGACAAUCGAUCCCUGACCAUCUACUUCCAAGGGUUGCAAUUGUUGGAAGACCAAAUGGGAACAGGGCAAUUGUGGUGGAUGAACCAGGAGUUACAAGGGAUUGCUUGUAUGGUAGAUCCUUUUGGGGAGAGUGAAUAUAUGGUGGUUGAUACUGGAGGUGUUCUCAAUAUAGCAACGUCACAGGCUGAUGUUAUGGAAGAGUUGGCUAUUACCACAACAAUUGGUAUGGAUGGGAUUCCACUAGCCUCCAGGGAGGCAGCUGUUGCCAGAAUGGCCUCAAUGAUUGAGAGACAAGCUACUGCAGCUGUGGAAGAAGCAUCUGUCAUAAUAUUUCUUGUUGAUGGACAGUUAACAAGUGUGAAUCUCCAUGUAAAGGACUCAUGCAAGCAUCAGAGUUUUGGUCAUUGGGGAUUGCGGAUUGCUGAAAGGAUGGAAAGAGAAGGGAAGGGGUGCCUGAUAGUCGUCAACAAAUGGGAUACCAUACCAAAUAAAAAUGAGCAAGAUGUUAGGGAGAAAAUUCGUGUUCUUGAUUGGGCACCUAUUGUUUAUUCAACUGCAAUAGCUGGUCAUAAUGUUGAGAAGAUCAUUGUUGCUGCUAGUACAGUUGAAAAGGAGAGGUCAAGAAGGCUUAGCACUUCCAUAUUAAAUCAAGUCGUACAGGAAUCAGUAGCUUUUAAAUCACCUCCAAGGACCCGAGGUGGCAAGAGAGGACGUGUUUAUUACUGCACUCAGGCUGCCAUAAGACCACCCACAUUCGUUUUCUUUGUUAAUGAUGCGAAACUUUUCCCUGAGACUUACUGGCGCUAUAUGGAGAAGCAACUACGUACAGAUGCAGGGUUUGCUGGUACUCCAAUUCGUCUUCUUUGGCGCAGCAGACGAAAAAUGGAAAAAGAUGAAGGUAGAGCUGCAAGGACACAAUCGAAUCUUGUGCCACGUGAUAGCAAAUUGGAAUUGGCUUCAUGAGUAACGAGGUUCUCCCAUCCUAGAACCAAGGCCAACCCCCACCACCGCUGCUAGGCCCUGUUUCACGGGAAAACUUCAUGCAACUAAAUGAAAUCAUCCAGUGGCAUGGAAUUCAUGUCUUUUUGAUUUUGUAGACCAGCAUCUGUAAUUCAUGUAAAUUCUUGUCUCCCAUUGAUUAGGAGUGGGUAUUAGUAUUACUUUAUAAUCCCACUGAAAAACCAGCAAAACAAGGAGUGACAAUGUGUAUGCAUCCCCUGUUAGAUGAACAGUGAACUUGUAACUCUGUGUUUUGGGGUGGAUUAGGGUAUGAACAAUGUAAAUAUGAUUUGAAAAAAAAAAAAAACCUUAAAUUGUCUAAA